AUGGCUCCUUCCAAGAAGACCGACUCUCGAAAUCCAACGACGUUCUCACAAGCACUUUCCGCAUCCCUAAUAGCAGGAACAUCUACAGACCUCAUCUUCUACCCACUAGAUACGAUAAAGAUCAGGUUACAAGCUAAAGAAGGAUUCUGGAAGAAUGGAGGGUUCAAAGGGGUUUGGAAGGGGGUUGGGAGCGUCGUCGUGGGGAGUGGACCGGGAGCCGCCGCCUUUUUCACGACAUACGAAUACCUAAAAAGGACGUUACCGAGGAACAUAGACGUCCUGGAACAGGCUCCGGCAGCUAAUCAUCUGGUCUCUAGUAUGGGAGCGGAGAUCGUCUCCGUAGUAAUCCGCCUUCCCCUAGAGAUCAUCAAGUCACGCACCCAGACCGCCGCUUAUGGAGCUGAUACGACGCUUAGAAAGAGUCUGAGGAUGGUCUGGCGUAACGAGGGGUUGAAGGGGUUUUGGAGGGGGUACGGGGGGACUUUGGCGAGGGAUAUCCCGUUCACCAUCACGCAGUUUCCCCUGUAUGAAUAUUUCAAGAAGGUCCUUGCCCACCGGUUCCCAAGCGAAAAGGGGGACGGAGAAGCGACGGCCGUGCAUUCGGCGUUGGCGGGAAGUAUAGGAGGUGGGGUGGCGAGUCUUGUCACUCAGCCGGUAGAUGUUGUUCGGACGAGGAUCAUGCUUGAAGCCAAGAAAUCGCAUGCGGACCCACUCCAAUCCCUACAAUCUACCUCUCUCUACCCUCGUAUAGUAGAUCUGUACAAGAAUGAAGGGCUGGCGGCGCUGUUCAAGGGAACAGGACCGAGGACGGGCGCGGUCAUGGUCGCUGGGGGUAUCUACCUGGGUUUGUAUGAUGCGGCCAAGAUGUAUAAUUUUGAAUUGAAACGCUGA